ACAAAGUAGCACACUGCGUUAUGGCGGGCCCUUCCAACAGCUGUUGACCGUCUCUUCUCCACUGUGCAUCAAGAACUGUGCCGCUGCAAUGUCAAGACUUCGCUGAGCAGCCGACAAAGCAUAGAAUGAGCAACUGGAUAAAGCGCGCUUGGCUUAAGCUGGUCUUACAGUCGAACUGCGCCGCCGAAGUCUGCAGGGCCCCCUUGCCUUAGGGCCACCUUCCCUCAGCUACGGGCUUAGGCUGGGCCAAGGAUGCUUAUCGCGCUUAAGCGGAACGGCUGGCCUCAGCAUGCGCCGCAUCCUCCGGAGGUGCGCGAGGCCGCGCAGCGAUGGGAGCGCUUGCCGCCCAGCAGCGUGGGCGCGGUGUCUACGGGUCCAGGCAUUGGCUCGGGAUCAGUAGAGCUGGAGGAUGAUCAGAAUCCUUCACAGAAGCCGCUGGGCCGGCAGGGCCCCGCACCACACAACCCUUACCAGCGGCCGACACUGGACCCGGUGGCGAAGCGGGCGGUGUAUCUACAGGAGGGGGAUGGCGCUCUUAGCUCUGAAUUCAAGCAGCAGGUGGCGGACCUGAUGCAAGAGGAGGAGUACGGAGUCUUCAGGCUGGUGGUCCCACACGUCAACCUGGACAGGGAGGCCUUCAACAAGUAUGUGGACUGGCUGAACGCGCAGCACCCCGCGACCAUCUCCCGGAAGCCAGAGGUGGCGUCACACAGGUCCAUCUUCGGGCUGCCCAUGGUGCGGCCCUUCAGCCCGCUGUCGCUGUUCUGGAUGGGGCUCAUGUUCCUGGUGGACAUCACGUGGACGGCCUUUGGUGUGCCCAUCAACGUGGGCUUCUGCUCCAUCGACUACGGCAACCUGAGCUCCAACUGCACCGCAACGGACCUGACUUUCGGCUGCCUCUACACUUCAAAUCUGUUGAUGAGCUUCCAGCUGGGCCUGACGGUUGUGAACGGCCACCGCAAGAAGCGGGUAAUGGAUGGCCGCAAGGUGGCCUACUACUACGUGACGCACAUCCGCUUCUGGCUGGACCUGGCCGCCACCGUGCCGUUCAUCUACCUCAUCUGCGUCAUCGUGAUCAGCGGGGGUCACGGCUAUACGGCCAAGUGGGUCAACGCGGUGUCGCUGAUCCGGCUGCUGCGCCUGCUGCGCCUCAUCAGCGUCUCCAAGGUGAUCCACAUCGACAGCACUCUGGGCCAGGACGGCUUCAUCAGCAAGUACAUCAAUUUCUCCACCCUGUACGUGUUGAUGGUGGCGUACCAGGUGUUUGUGCUGGUCAACUUUGUGGCGUGCAUCAUGGUGCUGCUGGCGUACAUGCACGGGCUGGAGGACAGCUGGAUGACGAGCGCCGACUGGGCUAACCUGCCAGAAUCCUCCCGCCCCUACCAGUGGUUCACAUCAGUCUACUGGAUCAUCACCACGGCCACCACCACCGGCUUCGGCGACCUGGGGCCGCGCUGGUGGGCGGAGCAGCUGGUGAUUAACAUGACCAUGAUCGCGGGCAUGAUCGCGUUUGGUAUCCUGGUCGCCAGCGUCACGACCUCGCUGGCGCGUGCCGAUGUUGCGGCCACACGGCUGCAAGCGCACAUCAAGAAGAUUAGCCUGGUCAAGCACUGGCUGACCACAUGCACGCUCAACGAGCACCUGCGCCUCGGCAUCCAGGAGUACUUCGCUCAGGUCUACGUGGCCAAGCAAUCGUUGGAGUACGGCGAGGCGGAGCUGUUCGCAGACCUGCCCUCCUACCUGAGAUUCGAGGUGGCCAGCGAGCUGGCGCUGCCGCUGAUCAAGUCCGUGCACGCGCUGCGCGACUUGAACGAGGACGCACAGCAGCUGCUGGCCGCGCACUUCCGGCCCAUCAAGGCCAUCGUGGGCCAGGAGCUGUGCCGGCAGGGCGACGACGCGGACCGCAUGUGGCUGCUGGCGUCGGGGCGGCUAGUGGCGCUGCGGCACAAGGAGGAGGCGCAGCACGUGUCGGCGCCGGCGCUGGUGGGCGACUCGCUGCUGCUGGCGCUGGACGUCAAGCCCUGCAGGUUCCGGCCCUGGACGCUGCGUGCGGCUGGCCCUUGCCAGCUGUGGGAGGUGCGGCUGGAGGACCUGUCCCGCGUGCUGCACAUUUACCCCGGCAUCCGCCUCGCGUUGCUUGAGUACAUCCGCGCAGCCCUGGUGAGGCACAUCUUCUACCUGGGUGCGGACGACCAGCACAGCAGCACAGUCGGCGCUGUGACGCUCAGCACCACUGGCGGCUGGUGUGAGGUGGUGGCGCUGCUGGCGAGCGCGAUCGCCGGCAACUAUGGAGAGUUGCCUUGGCCGCUGGACGAGCUAUCAAUAGAGCUGGAGCGGGCAAACAUCGAGGACGGCAGCCUACAGGGGGUGCUGACCGAGCUGGUGGAGGAGUCCAUGGUGCGGGACGGCCUCACGCCUGAGGCCGUGAUGGGGUUGCCGCUGGAGGUGCAGCAGGAGGUGCAGCGCCAGCAGGCAGACGUCGCCGCCACCUUUGGCCUGCCGCCCGACCUGUUCGUCGCCAACACCGUGGUGGGCAACACCAUCGACGAGAACGCCUCCAUGUCGGGGCCCGACCCCAGCCCCGCUGCGCUCAGCGGGCACCAGAACGGCGAGAGCAUCAUCGUCAGCAACCUCAUCACGCCCAGCCGGCAGAGCGCCGGCCGGCGCGAGGUGGCGCCGUGGAUGGCGGCGGCGAUGAGCUCCAACCAGAAGUUCUAUCCGCACAAGGGCCCGGCGCCGUGGGACCUCGAAGAGGAGACCGCAGCCGGGGCCGACAACACGGCUGCAGCGGCGGCAGGCGCAGGAGGCACGGCGGCCGCGGCAGGCUCAGGCGGCGGCGCCGCGCCAGGCAGUACCACGCCGCCCAUGCCCGGCUCCCAGCGUGUGUCAGUGGCCGGCGAACAGGGUACGGACUUGCAGGGCAACGGACAGUCCGGCCUCGCGGAGCGCCCGCACUCGCGCAACGACCCCGGCUUUCAUGGCGGCCGGUCGCCCUCCCGCCAGCAGCCGCCGGGCUCUGCCGGCGGCAUGCCGGCCACAGCGCUGCAGCUGUCUAGCCGUAUGCAGCCGGCGCCUCCAUACCAGCGCUUCGCAGUCGGCGGCAACAUGGGGCCAUCAUCCAGCGUGCUGCCCAUGCCGCCGUCCGCUGCUGCCGUUGCGGGUGGCAUGGUGGUGGGUCAGGGACUGUUGGGGAUGAUGGAGCGGCCCAUUCGCCGCGUGGUGUCGCAGCAGCGCAACCUGGGCGCCGGCUCGACUGAGUCCAACUCCACCAGUGCCGCCGGGGUGCACUCGAGCUCCGUGUCCAUGAACGUGCUGCCGCGGCCUCUGCAGCAGCCCACCGCCGGGGCCUCCGCCGCCACGCCGUCGCUGAGGCCAUAUAAGCAACUGUCGCUGCAACAGCAGCGGUCCAGGCAGUUCCUGGAGGAACAGCAGCAGCAGCAGCCAACUGGGAGCAGGCGGCUGAUGCACUGCAGGACCGACCCCACAGCCGGGCUGGAGAGCGGCCCCGAGGCCGCGGACAUCAGCUUCGGUGGCCCGCACGUGGCGGCCGGCCCGGCGCCCGCCUCCAGCGACGGCGACCAGAGGAGAAGCGUGGACCGCACCUCUGCACCGCCAGCCAUGGCGCCGCGUGAGGCAGAUACGCUGGAGCACGCCGCCGCCGCUGCCAGCAAGCCGGGCCCUGAUGCUGACGACCCCAUUGCGCAAGAGACGAGGCCCGGACCCCCUGGCGGCCGGCGGCCGGCCAGCAUCGACGGCAGCAGCAUGCGACCGCCGUCGCGCUCAUCGCCGCUGGACCCUGUGCGAGAGAGUUGCGGGCCAUCAGAGCUCGACACCGACAACGAUGGUGGGAUACGGUCCCCGACUGGUGCACAUCUUCAUCAUGACCCAUCGCGGCAGCAGCAGCAUGCGUUCCGCCACUCGCUCACAGGCGGAACGCCAAGUGCGGGACAGCACACGCCGGAGAUCAUGGGGCAGCAGCAGCAGCAGCCACUGAACGCACAGGGUCACGGGCUUGCCACCAAGUCUCUGACUGCGGGCGGCGGACUGCCACCACACCACAUCGCUUCGGCGGCGCCAGGGCUGCGCCGCUCCAUGCUCAGUCGGUUCUCAUCGCCGUUUGCCACGGCCACAUUCCACAACCAGGCGCAUUCCAUCUCAGGUGGAACAGCGCUCGGGGCGCCGGUACUGCCGGGAGCGGGCUCGCACACCUCGGGCGCUGCGGGGCACGGGCCUGCUGGGCUGGGUUCGUCGUCAGGGCCCGGAUCUGCAUCCGGUGGUGCGUCAAGCUUGCACCAGCAGCACCAGCAGCAUCCGCAGCACCAGCAGGGCGCUGUGGCAAUGGGGCACCCCUGCACUCAGUGCGGCGCUGUCGCCUGCCCCACCUGCGGCAGCUGGACAAACACCGCCGCCCUGCAGCAACACACGGCGCACCCGCACCCGCACGUGCACUUUAACCCGCUCAACCAGCGGCCGCCGGCGCUGGGCCUCGCCGGCGGCUCCAGCAUACUCCCGGUCGCGCCCUCCAUUGCGCACGCGCCGGGCGGCAGCGGCGCGGGGGCCGCCGCAGCUGCCACGCUGGCGGCUGCGGGUGCGGCGGCCAGCCAGACAGCGCUGCACCAGGUCCAACAGCAGCAGCAGCAGCAGCUGCACCAGCCCCAGCCCCAGUACCAGUACCAGGGCUCGCGGGAGCGCGUGACGCCGUCGCAGUCGCUGAUGGACGUCAUCCGCGGCAGCAUGCGGCACCGCAGCGGCGGCGCGACCAGCUUCGCGUCGCCGCCGCUGCACGUGCAGUCGCUGCAGCCGCCCGCGCUGCUGGGUGCCAUGUCCGUCACCGCUGGCGCCUCGCUGCCGGGGCCGUACCGCGGCGGCCUGCUCGGGGGCAACAGCACCGGCAACGCGCUCCCGGGUGGGCCUCAGCACAACAACAACAACCUGGCGGCAGCUGCCGGCAACACCCCGAACCUAAACAACAGCUUCAUCAUGGCGGCGGGCGGCGGUGGCGGUGUGCCGGGCAGCCCCAGCCGGCCGCUGGGUCGGCGCUCGCGCAUGUUUGGGCGCAGCUUCGCGGCGGCGAACCGGUACGACAACCUGAUGCGGCACACGCUCAGGCGGGACACGCUGGUGCGGGACACCAUCUGGGCGGCCUACUCGCAGGCGGAGUCGUCGGACUUGGCGUCGCCCUCGCUGCCGCCCGCGGCGCAGGAGUAGGCGCAGGUUUCCAAGCAUGAGCAGCUUGGCAUGCAGCAUGAUGGCGUGCUGGCGUUUGCGAGCGGGUGGGGACUACCACCAAGGAGGAUUUGGCCAAGCGGGGCGAGUUAGAAGGCCUUGGCCCCAGGGCAUAUGAACAUACAUGUGAAAUGGGUGCGCCAUUUAGGCGGCGUUGCUAACGCGUGGUGCGCUCCUUGCUGACGGUGUGUGCCUGCACCUGCGGUUUUCAUGGCGCAUUCGCUGCUGAGAGUGACUCGGAGCUAUUGCUUAUUCUUCUGAUGACGUGCAUGGAGUCCAUACCUGGGCUUGGCUGUACCAUAACGAGGAUACCUGAUGCCAAGCACAUGCGCGCCUUAAGUUGUGGCGGCUAGGACUCACUGGGAACUGCCACUACCGUUUGUGGCUUGCUUUCCAGCCGACCAGGUGGCGGCCAUCUGUGGACAACAUGACUUUAUGUGCAUGUACGGUAUUAUUUUGUCGUUCGGUGACUUCGAUCUUGACCGGCUCAAGGCUGCGGGCAGGGUCCAGAAACGUACCGCUAUGACGGCCCGGCAGGCGGUAGACCCGGUCACGAGUAUACGGUCGGAACGAGGGUGCACUCAAGUUGCACUGCGUGUGCACGGCGAAGGACACAAGACCUUAGACCUUUCAUUUCGUAUGUGUAGAGCGCGUACUUGGUACUGUUGGUCGAAGCUCGCAUGGAACUGUGUUCAAGUCGCCAAGGUACUGCCCAGUGCCCGGCAUGCAUGGUCGACACAUGAGAGGGAGCGAGAGGCACCGCGAGCGCUCACAGACAUUCGGCUGCGUUGGGGGCUUUGGGCUGUACGGCACAAACGGGUGUUCUCU